AAAGGACCCAACAGGAAGAAAAGAAGUUCAGAGAAAGGAUUUGCAAGUUGCACGUUUGCAGGCUGGGGUAGGACAACAACAACAGCAACAAACAAUGCCCUGACCCGGAAUGAGCGGGCCGGAUCCUGCUUGCAAAAGCACCAAAACCUGCAAGUUUGCAAAGCUCCUCUUCUUCUGGUCGUUAAUCCUCUGCAGCAACAACAAAAAACUUUUCCAGAAAUGUAGGGCUAUUCCUUCCCCCGGAAGACCCACCAUGACCGACAGCGAGAUGGACUUCAAGUCGGAGGCGAUCUUGGUGACCGGCACCGGCACGGACCCCCCAGAGACCCUCUCCAUGGACUUAGAGGAGGGCCCGGCGACAGACCCGGGUGCCCCUGGAAAACCCCGAAAAGAAACUCCUUCCGACUGGGAGCAACCCAGUCCCUCUCCCGGAAGUCUGCAAGCCCCCGUUCCAAAAGCAGACUCCAGGAUCUGCGAUCCGGCGGCGCCCGAGACCCAGAGCGGCUCAGAUAUUGCCGAGGGAUCCGGUUGGCUUUUGAAUCCACCAGAUUCCAGCCCCCAAGGUUACAAGCAAGCGGUCGACGAGGGCUGCAGACAGUUCAGAACCGACUGCGAAACGAGGCCUCUGGUUUCUCAGAGCGGGGGCUUGAUGGAGGCGUCUCCCGAACCCGUGGCCGGGGAGCCCGGCUGGACGCCGGGCCCCCAAGAAGAAGCCCUGGGGGGAAGCGACCCGGAGCCCGCAGCCGGCGCAGACCCGGCCGAGCUUCUCGUAGAAAUGGAAGACGCGGACAUCGCCCAGGAGGGAGAGUCCGAUCACCUGCAUCUCCACGGCCUCCUGACCCGCCUGCAGCGACUGAGCCCCAGUUUCGAGGACCGGUCGCCCACCUCCGAAGACGGGCUGCUGCCUGCCUCCGACGGCGAGGAAGGCCGCGUUUCCGAAGGAGACGGUGACCCUCUUCUGUCUCCCGGAGAGUGCCGGGGGCCGCCGGGGGCCUGCGCCCCUUGCCCGCUCCACAUCGCCACAGGGCAUGGGUUGGGGGUCCCGCCGCACUCGCGGAGGGGAAAAGGGCUGCUGUCGGUGGAGGUCGAGAGCGAAGAUCUCCUCAGCCUCCUGCGCUACGAACGGGGGCCCCCUGCCGAGGCGGGUGCCGAGACACCCUUGGCUCGCUCGGACGCAGUGGCCGGGAGCAGCCGCCCCGGGGGAAUGGGCCCGGGGGAAUUGGCCUCGGACAGGGCUCAGGGGGAAGGCCCCCGCCGGUGCAAGGAGCCCCUCUCCUCCUCCUCUGAUUCUGUUUUGGGGGGAUCUUCCCCGGAGCCGAGCUGGAGGCGGCCGGCACCGGGAUCCGGCCGCGAGGAAGAGGCGUCCUGCUCUUCAGAUGUGGCGGUAACUGCCGCAUUCUGGAUUACAAAGCGACAUUCAAAGGAGGAUGUAACCGACCCCGACCCUCUUGUUUCCCUCUUUGAACAGGAUAAAGCGGAUUUGUCGUCCUUGCCGACUUACAAGGAAGUCCCAGGCCCCUGCGAGCCCGAAGAUCUGCUGGACGGCGUGAUCUUCGGGGCCAAGUACCUGGGCUCCACGCAGCUGGUCUCGGAGAGGAACCCCCCCACCCACGUCCGCAUGGCCCAAGCUCAGAAAGCCGUGGACAGGAUCAAGGCCCCGGAAGGAGAAUCCCAGCCCAUGACGGAGGUGGAUCUCUUCAUCUCCACGCAGAGGAUCAAGGUCCUUACGGCCGACUCCCAGGAGGCCAUGAUGGACCACCUCCUGCAAACCAUCUCCUACAUCGCCGACAUCGGGAACAUCGUGGUCCUCAUGGCCCGCCGGAAACUGCCUCGCCGCGCUGAGGCCUCUGCCGAGAAGCAGCUCUACAAGAUGAUCUGCCACGUCUUCCACUCGGCGGAUGCUCCCUUGAUAGCCCAAGCUAUCGGCCAAGCUUUCAGCGUCGCAUACCAGCAGUUCCUGAGGGCCAGCGGCAUCGACCCCGACCAGCUCCACCCCCGGCGGUGCAGCGACGACGAGGGCGACGAAAGCUUCGUCCAGGGGGAAGAGCUGUACAAUGGCGAUUUGGCGCACUUCUCCAAGCAAGAGAACUGUAAGGAAGUCGUCAUCCACAAACAGAAGGGGGAGAUCCUGGGCAUCGUGAUCGUGGAGUCGGGCUGGGGUUCCAUCCUGCCCACCGUGGUGGUGGCGAACCUCAUGCACAAAGGGGCGGCGGAGCGGUCGGGCAAGCUGAGCAUCGGGGACCGGAUCAUGUCGGCCAACGGCACCAGCCUGGUGGGGUUACCGCUGGCUUCCUGCCAGGGCAUCAUACGGGAUUUGAAAAGCCAGACUGUGGUGAGCCUCAGCGUGGUCCACUGCCCGCCCGUCACCACCGCCAUCGUGCGGAGACCUGAUGCGAAAUACCCGCUGGGGUUCUGCGUGGAGAACGGCAUUAUCUGCAGCCUCAUGCGAGGGGGGAUCGCCGAGAGGGGCGGGAUCCGCGUGGGACACCGGAUCAUCGAGAUCAACGGGCAGAGCGUGGUGGCCAUGCCUCACGAGAAGAUCAUCCAGAUCCUGACGCAGGCAGUCAGCGAGGUCCACAUCAAAACCAUGCCAGCGUCAACCUACCGUCUUCUGACUGGCCAGGAGCAACCCGUUUUCCUAUGAAGGGAGGAUUUUUUGGGGGGAGGUGUGUGUGCAUGGAAAUCUCCUGCAUCUGUUUAAUAUGUUGCAUGCAACCCCUUCUUGCUUCGCAAACCAGACUCUGUGCACCCAAAGGGGUUCCUCUCUGAAUUCAGGCACGGCUGCCUCUCAUCGGGACUUUUUCC